CGGUUGUUGCAGCAGGCGAACUCCGCACCCUAGAGUAUUGAUACCUAGUAUGCUGAGGUUUGAGGCUCAGGAUGAGCAGAGUUCGCCUAGAUAGUUGUUCUCAUAACCUUGAUUCUUACUUUGCAGUAAUUGGCCUAUAACAUGUACAGGAUGUGAUUUGUCAUUUUAAACUGCGAUAUCAACAAGGACGGUUUCACAUCUUCGGGAAAAGCUUAAGCAGGGAUUAAUCGACAACGUGUUCCGAAGAAUCCUGAAGCGCAAUGUACACAUGACGAAAUAUCCCUCGCAAAAAAUUUCGCAGGGGUUGCGAAGCCUCACCAGCCAUUUUUGUGAUAAUACUUCCAACUUCGUCCUCAGAAUUCCGCAGACAAUAGGAUACUUCUAGCUACAUAAAUAUUGGAUGACACAUAGAUCAUAGACAUGACUAAAAGUAUCAACAUGUAAUCUCCUGCCUCUCGCCUUCUUCAGAUAAAUUCAUCGCAUCGAAGAUCUUCAUACCUAACGAAAAAAGCUAGAGAAGUUCUGCAUGCUGGAGUCCGCAUGCGCAUUGAUUAGUCUUGCG